CUGAGCCCCUGCCAAUCAGCCAGCCCCAGCCAGUGGAAACGGUCGCACCCUCCCAGCACAAGUCGUCAUGGCCCCGCCUCCAGUCAACAUAGUGGAGCAGCAGUAUCAGAACGGUGAGUCGGAGGAGAACCACGAUGCGUUCCUGAAGGCUCUGCAGAACGCGGUCACCACCUUCCUGAACCGUAUGAAGAGUAACCACAUGCGCGGUCGCAGCAUCACCAACGACAGCGCCGUGCUCUCCCUCUUCCAGUCCAUCAACACCAUGCACCCCCAGCUACUGGACAUCCUCAAUCAGCUGGACGAGAAGAGACUGUAUUACGAGGGUCUGCAGGACAAGCUGGCCCAGGUGCGUGAUGCGAGAGCCGCUCUGAACGCCCUACGAGACGAGCACAGAGAGAAGCUGCGUCGUGCUGCCGAGGAGGCGGAGAGACAGAGACAGAUCCAGCUGGCCCAGAAACUAGAGAUCAUGAGACAGAAGAAACAGGAGUACCUAGAGAUGCAGCGUCAGCUGGCCAUCCAGCGGCUCCAGGAGCAGGAGAAGGAGAGACAGAUGAGGCUGGAGCAACAGAAACACACCAUCCAGAUGAGAGCCCAGAUGCCUGCCUUCCCCAUGUCCUACCCACAGAUGCAGUCUUUGCCCCCCAACGUGGCAGGAGGGGUGGUGUACGGGCAGCCGGGGGGACCCCCCAGUUACCCAGGCACCUUUAGCCCCUCAGGGUCAGUGGAGGGGUCGCCCAUGCACAACGUCUACAUGAACCAGCCUGGACCAGGACAGUACCAGGCCAUGCCUCCAGACCCCAACAUGUACAUGUACCAGCCUGCAGGAACCAAUGGGCAGCCUGCACCCCCUGGCCAGGCCCCGCCCACUACUAGCCCCGCCUACUCUAACUACCAGCCCACACCCACACAGGGAUACCAGCAGAACGUGGUGUCCCAGGCCCAGUCUCUGCCCCCCAUGUCCCAGCCUCCUCCCACUAACGGUAUGUCCUACGUGGCCUACCCUCCACCCUACGCCAUGCAGAGUAUGAUGGCAGCCCUACCUGGGCAGGACCCCAACAUGCCCCCACAACAACCCUACAUGCAGGGCCCAGGACAACAGCCCAUGUACCAACAGAUGGCUCCCCCUGGUGGCCCCCAGCAGCAGGUUCAGCAGCAGCAGCAGCCUCCGCAGGUCCAUCCAGGCAGCGAGGCACAGCUCAUCUCCUUCGACUGAUCCAUCCACCUGGCUAGCUCAGCUUAACAUUACCACCUGCUGCUGGCAGGGUUCAACACACUACACCCUCUCUCUUCUCUUCUGUCCUCACCUCUCUUCUCCUCUUCUCUCCUCACCUCUCUCCUCUUCUCUCCUCACCUCUCUCCUCUUCUCUCCUCACCUCUCUCCUCUUCUGUCCUCACCUCUCUCCUCACCUCUCUCCUCUUCUGUCCUCACCUCUCUUCUCCUCUUCUCUCCUCACCUCUCUCCUCUUCUGUCCUCACCUCUCUCCUCACCUCUCUUCUCCUCUUCUGUCCUCACCUCUUUCCUCACCUCUCUUCUCCUCUUCUGUCCUCACCUCUUUCCUCACCUCUCUCCUCUUCUGUCCUCACCUCUCUCCUCACCUCUCCUCUUCUGUCCUCACCUCUCUUCUCCUCUUCUCUCCUCACCUCUCUCCUCUUCUGUCCUCACCUCUCUCCUCACCUCUCUUCUCCUCUUCUGUCCUCACCUCUCUCCUCCUCUUCUGUCCUCACCUCUCUCUGUAUCUCUGUUCUCACCUCUCUCUGUAUCUCUGUCCUCACCUCUCUCUGUCCUCACCUCUCUCUGUCUCUCUGUCCUCACCUCUCUCUGUCCUCACCUCUCUGUCCUCACCUCUCUCUGUAUCUCUCUCUCUCUCUGUCCUCACCUCUCUCUGUAUCUCUCUCUCUCUCUGUCCUCACCUCUCUCUGUAUCUCUCUCUGUCCUCACCUCUCUCUGUCCUCACCUCUCUCUGUCCUCACCUCUCUCUGUCCUCACCUCUCUCUGUCCUCACCUCUCUCUGUCCUCACCUCUCUCUGUCCUCACCUCUCUCUGUCCUCACCUCUCUCUGUCCUCACCUCUCUCUGUC